GACGUGCACCGUGGCAUCUUGCAGAUGUUAGUCGACCUGGGCUGGUCGUGGAACGACCCUCGCCUUCGUUGGGAACCCACCGGGUACUCCGACGUGAGUGAGGUCGUCUUCAGCGACCGAGAGAUUUGGGUCCCGGACUUGGAAGCGCUCAACUCCCUUCAGCGAGAGUUCGAAGAGCUGCGGUGCCGGGUGACGUCGAUGGGCAACGUGAGCUGCAACCCGGUGUUCAACCUGCAGACCACGUGCGGGAACUCGGCGCGCCGCUGGCCCCUGGACGAGCACGAGUGCGUGUUUGAGCUGUCGAGCAGGAACCACGACAGCCGCGAGUACCGGAUUUCCGUGGAACUCAACAGUACGGAGCUGUACGUUGCCGACGACGCGAGCCACGAGUGGGUGGUGGUGGAGGCGAAGCAGAUCCCGCGCGAGACCUCCCAGCCCGGCUUCCAGUUCUCCCGCCUCGAGAUGCACCUGAAGCUGCGGCGGAACAAGCAGGUCCACGUGCUCACCGUGGGCGUGCCCACCCUGGUGCUGCCGUGCCUGGUGCUGGCGCAGCUGUGGGUGGACCCGCGCUGGCCCGGGCGGCUGCUGCUGGGACUCACGUCCGUGGCCUGCCUGUGCAUGUACCUGCAGUGCCUGAGCGAGACCGUCCCGGACGACACCGACGGCAGCGCGCCGCUCGUCAUCCUGUUUUACCGGAACAGCCUGGUGAUCGCGACCCUGGUGGUGUUGCUCACCAUCGCGCUGCGCAACCUCUCGGAGCGGCGCGACACGCCGCCGCCCUGGCUGUCGGGCGGCUCGUCCUGGCUGCUGCAGCGCGCGCGCCCCGUCACCGGCAUGCUGCUAGAGGAGGAAGAGGACGACGACGACGACAACAACGAGCAGGCCGACGUCAGUCAGGUGGCCGUAGAAGCGGGGUCCGCGGUGGACCGACAGGAGGCGGGUGUCGUCAAGCCGAUGACCUGGAGGAAAAUAGCGCGGCUCACCGACGGCAUCGCGUUUGUCGCGCUCCUCCUCACGUUCGCCAUCCUCCUGUUCGCCGAGGUCCCGUCGUGAUCGUCGUCGAGCCCGCGCGCACGGCCUCUUGCGGCGCACCAAAACUGCCAUCAAAAGUGUUCGUCUGUUCCGUGUCGUACUGCAGUGGAGCUCGAAUAAAACAAACUGCAUGGGACCAAACCGUUUACUAGCC